GACGCCAUCAACGCGCGCCGUCAACACGCCAGCCUCCACGACCUUCCAUGUAGCCUCUGAGCUCCCGUUGAUAAUGUUCGUCCCUAAAUGAUUUAACAGGAUAUUAACUGAAAACUGAACCGAAAUGCUUCGACUUUCAUUCGUAGUUUGUGGCAGAGGAGUCGCUAAACGGUUCGCCUCGUCGUUCUCUGGUGAAAGCGCUCUGCCUCCAAAUCUACUGCUGCCCACCAACCUCGUGGAUCCUUCCAGAUUAAAGCGUCCUCCUCCUCCUGCUGACUGCUCGCUGCCUCUGCUGAGGAAGUGCGAUGCCGUCGUUCCCGCUCACCUGAGACCCGUACAGAGGUGGGUGGAGACUCUGGAGAAACAGGACAGCGACCCAGUAGGCUUGACUCAGCUCCACCCGGAUGUCUUUGCUGUUCCUCCGAGGCUCGAUAUUCUACAUGACGUUGAAACGUGGCAGAGAAAUUACAAAAGAAUCAGUUAUGCCAACACAAAGACCAGAGCAGAGGUUAGAGGUGGAGGUAAGAAGCCCUGGAGGCAGAAGGGAAGUGGAAGAGCUCGCCAUGGAAGCAUCCGAUCACCCAUCUGGAGAGGAGGUGGGGUGUCUCAUGGACCCAGAGGGCCCAAGAGUUACUACUACAUGUUACCCAUGAAAGUUCGAGUGCAAGGACUCAAAGUGGCGCUGAGCUCCAAGAUGGCUCAGGACUAUCUUUACAUCGUGGACUCCCUGAACAUCCCCACACCGGACUCUCAGUACCUGCUGGACCUCAUCAGACACAGACACUGGGGAGAGUCCGUGUUAAUAGUUGACAUAGGUGAAGAGUUUCCUGAAAAUCUCCUUCAGGCCACGGCGGACUUAAAGACAGUCAACGUUAUUCCAGCCAUCGGUCUGAACGUCCACAGCAUGCUGAAACACGAAGCCGUCGUCCUCACUCUGGAAACAGUCAAGUUUCUGGAGGACAAGCUGCUUUGGCACGACCAGCGCUACACACCUCUGUACCCGUUUAAACUGCCCUACUCGGAUUUCCCUUAGAAGAAACGACUCGGGCCGAAUGUUGUCUUUGUGUUUAUUAUGUAUAACAACCAAAAAAAGUCAUUAAUAAAUAAUUCUAUUAAUAGAAAA